AUGAAAGACCCAAAGCGCAGGAUACUCCAAGAAUUUAUCAAACUUUUCGCUGAUGAGAAAUUGUCAUCAUCAUCAUCAUCAAUCCAUUCAUCAUCUUGCAAUGAUCAAAAUGAUCACGGAAGAAUAAUUCUAGAUGACAAGAUUGAUAAUUAUUACGAUGGGUAUAGAGGCGUAUUUAUGAAUAUCUUGACCUAUUUGGAUGAGUUUGAUUUGGCACUUUCUAUUCAACCUACUUGUAAAUUAUUCGAAAAGUUUUCUCGGAGUGAUGAUUUGUGGGAGAAACUCAUGCAUUAUCGUUACGAUUCAGGAUGUAUGAUAAAGUUCAAUACCAGUACAUGGGAAGAUUUCAAGAAGAGAUUGGAACUUUCUAAUAACUUUAAAGAGAGCUUUGUGGAUUCAUGGAGAACUUUUUACAAGAUGCGUUUUGCGUUAUUUUCAUCUUCGAAAUAUGUAUUCCAUGAACCAAUUCCAGUUGAGAAGAGACGUAAAAGGUUUCAUAAUUGUGAAAACUGUAAAGAGGGAAUUGAUGAUGAUGAACCAUUUAUUGAAUUGACUGGGUUAGGUAAAAGGAAGGCACUUCAUCUUGGUUGUGUGGAUAAGGAAGAUUUCAGAAAACGUUAUCCACAUGUCUUGACAUUUAUAACAGGAAAUUCUGGUUACAAACAAGAUAUUAUUGAUACACUUUAUAGAUCUAAAAUGUUUGGCGAUGUUCAUGGUUCAAGUUUAAGUGGAAAACAUUCUGAGGAUGAAGAUGAAUUGGAAGAUGAAGAGGAAUUACCAGAAUUCUCAUGUGAUAUUUGUGAAGAACCAAUUCAUGGAAUCAGAUAUAAUUGUUUGGAUUGUGAUGAGUAUGAUUUGUGUGGAUAUUGUUGUGAAAAGGUCAUUAUGAAACAAAAAGGAUCAACAUUGAAAAUGUGUGAAAAUGCUGAUCAUCCUCACGAUCAUACAUUCCAAUCGGUUGGUGAAGAGGAGUUUGGAACAUAUUCAUGCAAUAAGUGCAUGGAUAAAGUCAGAGGUUUUAGGUAUCACAAAUUGGAUGAAAAUGACUAUGAUCUGUGUUCAUUGUGUUUCUUUGCUACAGAUGAAAAGGAUUUAUUCGAAAGAAUUGAUCUAUUCGGUGAGAAACCUGUUGAAGAACUUUAUACAACAUUCUGUGAACAAUUAUUAUUGAACGAGCUCAAAACUGUAAUGGAAAAUAUUUCAAUAGUACAUGCUGCCAACACGACAAAGAAAGAACUCUCUUCCACAUUGAUUUCCAUCUUAGAAGAAAGGAAGGAGAAGAAUAACAGACCGUCCAUUUGCAAUCUUGUUUCUAAUGUAGAAAGAUUCUGUUGUAAGGGUGAAGAUGGAACUGUAUUACCAAACUCUGCUCCUAAUUCUAUCGUGUAUAGUGUUGAAUUAGUUGAUGACGUUAAGCCUCCAAAGAAAAAGACUAAACUCGCCUAA